AACCACAGGAUUUAGAUGAACUGUUUCAUCUUCUUAUCUCAGAUAGCCUCCGAAGGUCUCAAGCACAGAGUAUUUGAGAUCUCUCUGGCAGACCUUCAGAAUGAUGAAGAUCAAGCUUACAGAAAGAUUAGGCUUCGUGCAGAAGAUGUGCAAGGCAAGAAUGUCCUCACAAACUUCUGGGGCAUGGAUUUUACUACUGAUAAACUCAGGUCCCUAGUUCGCAAGUGGCAAACUCUCAUUGAGGCACAAGUAGAUGUGAAGACCACCGACAACUACACCAUGAGGCUAUUUUGUAUCGCAUUCACAAAAAGACGCCCUAAUCAGGUCAAGCGCACUUGUUAUGCUCAGUCCAGUCAGAUCAGACAGAUUCGUCGAAAAAUGAGAGAGAUAAUGAUAAACCAAGCAUCGUCCUGUGAUCUAAAGGAACUGGUGCAAAAAUUCAUUCCCGAGGUGAUUGGCAAGGAGAUUGAAAAGGCGACGACAAGUAUUUACCCGCUUCAGAAUGUGUUUAUUCGAAAAGUUAAGAUUUUGAAGGCUCCAAAAUUUGAUCUUGGGAAGCUCAUGGAGGUGCAUGGUGAUUACAAGGAAGAUUUGGGUGUCAAGCUUGAUAGGCCUGUAGAGGAUGUUUCUAUGGAAGGUGAAGCUGAGGUUGUUGGAGCUUAAUUUAAUUAUAUAUAAUUUUUAAAAUUAUGAAAAUAAAAUAUUUGUUUGAUUGCAAAUGAUAUUCCAACGUUAUGUGCUGAACUAAAAUGCAGUUUUGUUUUCCC